UCAACUGUUACGAUCAAAAAAGCAAAGCAAUUAUAGCUUACAUUAGCAGUGCAAAACAAGCUUAGCGACCGGUACCUGACAUCAAAUGGCUCCAUGGCUCACAUUGUUAUCGACAUGGCACCAAGGUGGUUCUUCACAAGUUGAGAGAAGUUAUUAAUCUGAUCAAAGCACACGCAUGCUUUCGCUUACUGCCCGAGGACGAGUUUCCCGCCUCGCCGCGAAACAUUUGUUGCCUUGUGUCCUCUUCUCGUCUUGCCCAAGCGCAGUUUUCGAUCCUGAUCCGUCACUUUUGAAUGCUACCAAAGCGCCUCUCGAUUUUGAUAAUUCAGCCUCUGUUUACCGCGAGUUCAUUACAGAAGCGCAAGAGCAAACGUUGAUAGAAGAGUUGCAGGCCAAACUAAAGCGAUCCCGGUAUCAAAAAGGACAUUGGGAUGCGGCAAUUGUCGACUACCGAGAAACUGAAGUCAUCGACGAAGCUUCGACACUCAGCGUAGAAUUCCGAGGCGUAUUGGAACGCGUUCGGGCCCAAAUUCUGGCUCGCCACUUAAUGCACAAACACCAAAGCGUGGCGCCAGAAUUGCUGUGGUUGCCCUGUCACUGUAUUGAUCUGAAGAAAGAGGGAGAGUUGAAUGCGCACGUUGAUUCAGUCCGAUUUUCGGGAGACAUAGUUGCCGGUUUGUCGCUCAUGUCCAGUAGCAUCAUGCGUCUUCGCGAAGAAAAACAAGAAUUAGUUUCUUCUCAGAGAAAGCAAACCAAAGACGAGCCGUAUGUUGAUCUCUUUCUACAGGAACGAUCACUAUACGUUCUGGAAGGCUACAGUCGUUACAGAUAUACUCAUGAGCUACUACCAAGUGGAUCUACUUUUGGUGACAAGGUAGUCCAUCGAGAGAAUCGCCUGUCUAUCAUAUUUCGGGACUCGAAAUGAAAGAAGGUAAUUAUUGUUGUUGACGUGGAUCUGUGGAGAAAUAAGACGUCACUGCGUCUAGAAGGUCAGAGCGGCAUGAUCGGUUUGGGUCGUUGUUGAUCCAGAUGGAGCACCUCCAUUGCAAAUGAGCGCCACAAGAACACUCGAACCACACCCAAAAUGAUUACUAACAGUAAGCUUGUGGGCUGCUUAGCAUGAAAAUUGUUUGCUGAUUUUUGAUAAGACCCGAAAGUGAGUCAGCGUAACAGCUAGAACUUCCUUACUUUAUUC